UGCCGUGACUUAUUCGCGUUUCUGCAGCGGACGCGGCAGGUUCUCCCGGCGGUUGGCGUUCUUCUUUUCCGACUGCCAGCCAUCUAACGAGCAAAGUUUUCCACGACGCACGUUGAUUUUCCGGCCAUUAGUGGCAUGUCCACCGACGAGGACUCCCUGGGCAGUCCCCUCAAGCCGGCCACGCCCACUCCCGGCGAGCGGGAGCGACCCAGGGGCGGACGAUCCGGGGCGGCGGAUCUGCUGCGCCACCAGCAGAGCUUCGAGGCCCGCUACAGCGGCAUCAUCCAGAAGCAAAUCUGGGAGACGAGCAUCAACAAGGACGUGCUGGAGCGCCAGCUGAACGCCUACUUCCCCUUCUCGCGCAGCGCCUCGCUCUCCAAGGAUGGAUCCGGCGGAUUCGAUCAGCUCCUGCCGCCGGCAACGGGCGGCAGCGGAAGCGGAAGUGGGCUGAAGACCCGUUCCCUGGCCACCACGCCCACCAGGCGGCCAGGCGUCUGUCUGGAGAAGCUGGAGACGGUGGACGUGGCCUCCCUCGACCAGCAAGCCCAGGGAAAGUAGCUUCGGAGUCCCAAGGAUUAAGCUUACUCAUUCAUUGUGAUGUCCGUAAGGUUGAAAGGCAAUUUUGACAUUUUUAGGCUAAGAUAGGAUUAAAGGAAGUCCCCGGGUUCCAAAAUAUACAAUCAAAACGUCUCAUCAGGUGAUUUUGCAUUCAAAUUUCGGUUUUACCUGUGCUACUUUGCUCCAUUUUUAUAAAAACCUUAUGUUUUUUAAAGGGUGAAGGACACCAAAUCUUAAGAUUUAAAGUUGUUUCAUUUUUUGUUUCUGUUUCUUUGAAGUAAAAACAAUAAAAUUGUAAUCAUUCAGUGAAGAACCAAAUACGAAAUCCGGGUCUUCUGAAAAACGAUUUUCAGUAUAGCUUUAAUGAGUAUUACUAACGUCUAAGUCAAGCAAUCUCUGAAAUCGACUAUUUAUUUAGCACCCCCGAUUCGUCCUGCACUAAAACAAUCUAUUAGCACAGUUCAACCGACGUCAAUGUAAAAUUCCCUUUUUAUCGGCUAAGGAUAUGAACGUAUUCCCGGAUCAAAGUGAACCCUAUUUAAGCUACUAUUAUUCAAUCUUCUUCAAUAAAACAAAGGCUUAUUGCAUAUUCAAUUUGGUGUCGAGUCAAACGGAUAAGGCCAUGGCCCAUAUAAAUCUCCACAGGCUCCCGGGUAAAUCUAAUUUAUGGGGAUAUUAUGCGAGAAAAAUAGAACAGGGGGAGUGUGAAAAAUAGGGGGUGCGAGGCCAGAGAUCAAAUGUAAUAAUCAAAUGUAUUUGCGGCAAUUUUCGCUCCAGCACCUUGAGCGCGAAACGAGAAAGCACUUAAGUGGAAAUGCCGCCAGUCAAACGCUAAAAGCCCAGCCCCUUCCUCUAUCCUGUCAGCAGGGAAACUCCUCUGCGGAGCUAAUAGUUUUUCCACUUUUCCUUUGACUUUCACUUCCGUGCUCUCUCAACAAGUUGCUCGAGUGGCUCGGCUAUUUCCGUUGGUUUUUGCCCAACUUGUUGAUUUAAAUUCAUGAACGCUUAGCACAAAGAAAAAUCUCGCUCCUCUUUUUUUGGCUUUUUCCUUUGCCCGGCUGUGUUUGUCAGGCUGGAGGACCGGAGGACGCCCACUCGAUGUCCAUGUGUUUGGCCAGACACUUGACAUAAGCACUUGGCCUGGACACAUCCACCCCCAGAGAGAUUUCGCCUUUCCUUCCCUGGUGGGGUUUUAGUGUCAACUGCAGGAGGGUUUCCAGUGCGUGUCUAUUUAAUUGACUGUCGACGGCUCGGCACUUGGAGCUGCCCAACUCAGUCUGGUCCACUGGUCAUCGCAGCUUGUUAAUGACUAAGCAGGGCCCUUGGGCAUUGAUUAGUUGUUGGCUGGUAUUUGAUUUAAUUGCCGGGUGUGCCGCAUAAAUUAAGGCUGCACUAAGCCCUGAUCGAUCAGAGAUAUCAUGUGGAAUGCUGCCCAUCGAAAUCUCUGUCCUUAGUUGAUCCAGAUUAAUUAGUAGCUGGUUGCUUUUCCAUUUGGUAGUGCUUUGGUAAAGCAACUUAAACUAGGACUACGUUACAAGGGACU